UUAAGGAGAAAUGUUUUAAUGUAAUGAUCAAAACUAAAAAAAUAAAGGGAAAUUGGACAGGCUCCUUAAAGAUCCCUGUUGUUUUCCUGCCUUCCGAGGAUACACAGAGUUCUCUUCAGAUCCGAAGAAAAAGGUCAAUGGAAUAGGAAAAAGAAACACAUGAAGGACUUCUAUAUCCACUACAAUUACUUUACUGCUACCACUCCUUUCGGCCUUUUUUUCUUUAUUGGGUGCGUGUUAAACUUGCCCUUUUCCUGUUCUUUCAAAGCAAGUGUCUGUGUCUUUUUUUGGACUCUUGCAUGAUUCAAAAAAUCUUUUCUGCUUAUUCGAUGAUACCCUUUUUAUCUGCUUCUUUUACUGCCAUGAUUUCUUGGUUGAAUCUGUGACGACUGACUCUUGUUGGGGGAUUGCUUCAAGACUUUUUUUUUUCUCUGCUAAAUUUAGCAGAAGACUUGUGAGGAUACGCUGAGAGUGUUUCGUUAGUUACUGAUAUCUUCUCCUUUCGGCUUCUAAAAUCCGUGGGGGAGAGAACAGGGUUGGGGUACAGUUUUUUUUUUUUUUUUGAAGUCUGGAAACUCAACUUUUAGUCUAAACUUCCGUGGUUUUUAUGCCAAUCCAAUCGUUUUGGACAAGCUGUACAAGAGCUUGAUUUCUUAGUUUCAACAACAGCAGAAAGAGUUGCAAAGAAAAGGGGUUUAGAGAUGAGGGAGCCUUACCUGUAGAGCAGCUUCGUUUCUUCAACGAUAUUGAGAUUUUCUUGGAAUUGAAAUCGCAGUUUUGGAUACAGCUGCUGCUUGUGAGAAUCAGAAUUUAGCGUGUAUCUCAGUGAGCAAGGAAAAAACUCCUUGUUCUCUAUGUAGCAGAAAUAAAGAUUCUUCCAAUUUUGACUCUCCUGCUUUUUGAUCAUAGUGUAUGCCUUUUGAGAGAUGAUAACAUUUAUGGAAGCGAAAGAGAUUUUGAAAGAGGAGGCUGACAAGUGCUUAGAUUCUCAGUUAUGGCAUGCCUGUGCCGGUGGCAUGGUCCAAAUGCCGGCAGUGAAUUCUAAGGUCUUCUACUUCCCUCAAGGCCAUGCCGAGCAUGCGUGUGAGCCUGUUGAUUUCAGGAACUUGCCAGGUGCUUCUCAUACUCUAUGCAGAGUCUCAGCUAUCAAAUUCAUGGCUGACCCGGAAACUGACGAGGUCUUUGCUAAAAUUAGGUUGAUUCCAAUUAACUCUAAUGAAAUCGAUUUGGAUGACCAAGAAGUUGCAGUUAAUGGUGAAAAGGAAACCGCACAUGACAAUAAGAAGCCGGUUUCUUUUGCCAAGACAUUGACUCAAUCUGAUGCAAACAAUGGUGGAGGUUUCUCCGUGCCAAGGUACUGUGCUGAGAUGAUUUUUCCACGAUUGGAUUACACAGCAGAUCCGCCUGUGCAGACCCUUCUUGCUAAGGAUGUUCACGGUGAGACAUGGAAGUUUAGGCAUAUCUAUAGAGGGACACCGAGAAGGCAUCUUUUGACAACUGGAUGGAGCCCAUUUGUGAAUCAUAAGAAGCUUGUUGCUGGUGAUUCUGUUGUGUUUUUGAGGGCGGAGAAUGGAGAUCUUUGCGUUGGUGUUCGAAGAGCUAAGAGGGCGAGCAGUGGCGGACCUGAGUCCUUGUGGAAUCCGGCUCUUGGGAAUCCUGUAGUGCCUUAUGGGGGAUUUGGUGCGUUCUCGAGGGAGGAUGAACAUAAGAUGAUGAAGAAUGGAAGGGGGAAUGGCAAUGGUUCGAAGUCAAAUGAAAGUUUGAUGGGGCGAGGGAAAGUGAGGGCUGAAUCGGUUAUUCAAGCUGCUGUUCUUGCUGCAAAUGGACUGCCUUUUGAGACUGUUUACUAUCCUCGAGCCAACACUCCCGAGUUCUUUGUGAAAGCCUCUUUGGUAAAAACAGUAAUGCAGAUCCGGUGGUGUUCAGGGAUGCGGUUCAAGAUGGCCUUUGAAACUGAGGACUCUUCUCGGAUUAGUUGGUUCAUGGGAACUGUUUGUUCUGUUCAGGAUGCUGAUCCUCUUUGCUGGCCAGGUUCACCGUGGAGACUUCUCCAGGUUACAUGGGAUGAGCCUGAUUUGCUUCAAAAUGUGAAACGUGUUAGCCCGUGGCUAGUGGAAUUGGCAUCACAUAUGUCUGCCAUCCAUUUGUCCCCCUUCUCAUCACCAAGGAAGAAGUUGAGACUUCCACAGCACCCGGAUUUUCCCAUCGACGGUCAAUUUCCAAUGCCGAUAUUUUCCGGCAACCUCCUCCAGCCCAGCAAUCCCUUUGGUUUUCUACCCAACAACAUUCCUGCUGGCAUGCAGGGAGCCAGGCAUGCUCACUAUGGUCUACCACUAUCAGAUCUCAACCUCAAUAAACUGCAUACAGGUCUACUUCGGGCUGGUUUCCCGCCAUUGCUUGAUCAUACUGCUUCACUCACAAAAGCCUCCAAUAUCCAAUCCAUUCAAAAGCCUAUCUUGAGCGAAGGCGUUUCUUGUGAGCUGACCAUGUCACAUUCUACCCAGACUUCAAAGAGAGCUCAUGAUGUGAAGAAGAUACCUCAGCUUGUACUUUUUGGUCAACGAAUAGUUGCUGAGCAGUAUAUCUCUCGUAGCUGCUCUGAUAACACUGGCUCGCCAGUUCUUGCUAGAAAUAGUUGUUUUGAAGGAAAAUUAGAUAAGAUGGAAAAAUUUUCUGAGGGAUCUGUGUCCACUCUUCCUCAUCGAGGCCUAUCAAAGCAUUCCUCACGUGAAGGAUUGCAAUGGAAUAAGAACAACCACCGAAAGAGUGAGCAGUCCUUAGAGAUUGGUCACUGCAAAGUUUUCCUCGAAUCAGAAGAUUUAGGUCGCACCCUUGACCUUCAAUUGCUUGAGUCUUAUGAAGAAUUGUAUAGAAAGCUGGCUGACAUGUUUGGCCUACGGAAUUCUGAGAAAUUUAGCAAUCUGCUCUACCGUGAUGAUAAUGGUAUUACCAAACACAUUGGCGUGGAACCAUUCAGCAACUUCUCAAAAACAGCAAGGAGGCUGACAAUUGUGACAGAUUCAGGCAGUGAUAAUGUAGGAGGAAUGUAGAGGAAGGAAUAAACCUUUUGGUUUCAAAUUGUACAGCUGGCUGAUUGUACUCCUUGGUUCCUGUGCUGACCUUGUGCCCUUCAAGAAGUCUGGGAGGAGGUGUUGUGAUCUAAUUUUUGGAUUUCUCAGUUGAAGUUUCCUAGAUUCUUGUUUCUCUUCCUUCUUCUGAAGGAAAAUGUAGAUCUCAAAACUGGCUUUCAUUCCCAAUUUGUCAUGGUCGAAUUCAGUAUUUUUUGUGCACGGUUUCUUUACCAGUUUUCCUUUUUCUUUUUUUCUUGGCCUGCUAGUGCUAUGAAUCCAAGUCUUUAAAAGGACAUGGUCCUUGUAACAAAGGUGUUUUUGGGUGGAAUGAAUCAUGCCUUCUGAAAA